AUGGCUGAUGAGACGGUUCCUCACUUCAAGCCAUCAGAGAUCCCAUUACCUUAUGCCAUUAAUGACAUAAUGAGCUAUAAGCCACCCGUACAUACGGCACAAAGAAAAGAGAAGAAGGAGGUUACUGAUAUUAUGAAACCAACAAGCAUGCUAGAAGUAGCUGAUCAGAGGUCCUUAAUUGAAUUGGUACGACGUAAUAAGAAGAUUGGUUUUCUGUACAUGACAUAUGCUGUACCAAGGUCAUCCAAAUUUUUCACCCCUUACUGCUUAAGAGUGGUUCCAUACAAAAAUAUUGAUAAGCAGAAUUUUCUGACAAUAAGUUCAGAAGGAGUGACUCAAUUUUAUCCUGGUGAUAUGGUAUUUACUAGUCUUCAGCAGUGGGAAUAUGAGUAUGACAGAUAUUGUAACUUGAUAUUAAUUAAAACAUUCUCUAUGUUUCGCAUGUGGAAAGGCUUUUAUGUCUGGAGAAAGAAUGUAAAAUGGAAGAAAAUUCAUGAUGCAAGAAAAUCCCUUAAUGAACUGCUUUUCUUGCUGAAUCCAGCCUUACGUAAAGCAUUACUAGACGUUCAGCUUGCUUGUAAUAAGAUGGUUGAAGUAUAUUUCACUGACUUUAGUAAUAAGGAAAAGAAUAUCUUAUUUGAAUUCAUGAAUGCUCAGGUAAGAUCAUUUCCAUGGCUGUCAUUGGCUCAAUUCAUCAUAAGUUUCACUGCCACUGUUGAAACAAUAAAAGUAAGUGUGUCAUGCCUGUGCAUGCUGACAAAGCUUAGCAACCGAAUUUUGCAAACCAGUGGGAGCUAUAUGAUGUGGUGUUUCUCUGCCCACAAUCCACAAAGAAGUUUUAAUUUUGGAACUACAGGGGGUAUGAAGAUGUGGGUGAGCAAAGAUGCCUUCACACCAUUGGACUCCUUAUGGGAGAAUGGUGAAGUUUUAGAAUAUCCUAGAAACUUCAUGAUUUUUUUUAACAUUCUCAAAUAUUUUGGAAUAUUUUUGGUGGUCUAUAAGGUUUCUCAUAUUUUUAAACAGAUGAAAAACCUGGUUAUAGUUCGUGAACAGUUACUUGAAUAUAGAGACAUAGUUAAAGAACUUAUUAAUUGUGCUUGUCACAAAGCACUCCUGUCUGUUGGAUUCACCACAGAUGAUCACAAUUUCCUGAUUCAGCCAACUUCAUCAGCAACAAGUGGAGCAAAACGCAGUGCUAAUUCACAGUUCCAGAUGUCUUACAUGAAGCAGAUCAAUAAGCGACGGUUCUGCACAAGGCUUACAAGUUUCAUACAUUUAAUCGAUUUAAUGAUGGUGGGAAUGUUACAUGUUCUUGUGGUGAGAUCAUUGCUUGACCUCGAUAAAACAUUACAAAUGCACCUACACUUUUUGCCUAAUGAUGAGGCUCUGAAUUCUUUGGCUACAGAUGUUAACAUUGCUCCUCAGAGACCCUCCAGCAUCCCUCAGCAUAUACUACCAAGAAAAUGUACUUCACAAUUAUUAUCCUUUGUUGGUGACAAUUUUGAUAUAGGUACUUUGUUUUGUGAACUAAUGUAUAUGACUUAUAUAGACCAGCAUUUAGGAGAAGAGGCAGAUAAAAGAUCAUUGUGCCCAAAGCACCUGAAUAUAAAGGACAGUGUCUUUAUUUAUCUUAUGUGGCAUGUCAUUUAUAAAGAACAUGAAGAUUCUAGUGUAUACAGGCUGCCAAGGGGUAUGAUUAGCAACCUUUGGAAGAGAAGUCUGCAGCUAUCAGUAGGCUUUGCCUUGUUCAUUAUUCUUAUAGCUCUCUUUUGGGCGAGAAGGAAGGAACAUAAGAGAAAGAAACAGACAGGCAAUAGAGAGCAGCUAGAUAAAGAAGGCAGUAAUGAAGGAUGGACAACACAAGGUUUAGAUGGAAGGCAACCACUAGGUGAUAUAAUAAUUUGUAAAGAAAACGUAAUCAUAUUUGAUUAUAUAGAGAUAUUAAUAACAUUAGCAGAACUAAUGAUUUUAAAAUUGAUAUGGUUGUUUUACUUUGAAAGGAAAAUGAGGAUAAUAAUAAAGAAUAAUUCCACAAAAAAUAGCAAACCAAGAAUAGAUGGAUGUAGAAUAUACACUUACUCAUUUAUAUGGGCAGCAUAUGUGAGUGUACAGAAUUUGGGAGAAUGGCAUUCUGAAAUUUUAUCAUUACCAUUAGAGUUGCAAAAUUUUCUAUACCCUUGGCAUGUACUUCUUGAGUGGCAUGUUGUGGACAGAGUUCUUCAGCACAUCUUCUGCUCCAUAAUGCUAUCACCCCUGCACAGCAUGACAAGGAGUGUGGAGGCAGUCAUUGCUCGAGACAGACAUUUGACCAAACUAAGUCAACACUGCAACCCACCAUGUGGAACACUCCCAGUAGUUUGCUCCUUGCUGGACACAGGCAGUAUGUCAAAAAACGUAAAUAAAAUUAGGCCAGAGAAGGAGAUUUCAUCACAGAGAACCAUAAAGUUAGAGCAAGCCUUCCCUAGGAAUGGUAACAGACAUGACAAAAAUCAUGGGACAGACAUUAUUCAAAACAGUGAGCUCCACAGUUUGCCUGUAAAAAUACAGACUUGUGAAGACCUUUUCUGCCAAGAUGGAACAGCAUCAAUUUUGCUUAACAUUUCACUGCGGCUUCUGAUCUUUAUUCAUUCUUUGGAGUCGAAAAACCUAAAACAUUUCAGUGGUGCAAUUGAUAAGCAUGUCUUUUCCAUCACGUUUGCAAGCUUUAAUGUAAUGUUUUCGGAUAUUCCUUAUAAACCACAAAAGAGAGAAAAUGACCAUACGGUCCACGAUCAUAAUAGAGAAAUUUAUUAUGGUCUUGACUGGCCUUUUUGGCAGCAGAUUACUGAAAUAAUUUUGAUGAUUCAACCUAAUAUUCCUGCAUUCAGAAUCAACGUAAUAGUGGUUUGUUGGAUAGCUCAUGGAAGAAAAAUCUUUAAUUUCUGUGAGCUUCACGUACACCUGUUCCCCUCUAUGGACAUCAUGACCAUUGCAGCAAAUCUUCGGAUGCUCAAGAAUAAUCUUCAAGAAGAAGAACACUGCAUCAUCAUCAGCAUUAUUGUACUAAGAGAGAGAAGAGGGAAAGAUAAACUUACUACAUUGAUCCAUAAUAUGCUGACGGCCAACUUCAUUCAGAUCACAGAUGAUGUAAGCAUGUCAAAAACGAUAACACGAACCAAUGGCAUAUUGCACGGGGACCCAUUAUGCCCUUCAGUUUUCAAUAUUGCCACAUAUGAUGUUGGACACAUAAUAAGAAACGGAGGACGUCAAAAUCUACACAUAAUUUUGAAGCGUGAAUGGAGCAUCAUAAUGCAUGAUUAUAGGACAUUGUCCAGGACUAGUGUCAGAAUCUUGGCCAGACAUCAAGAACAGUGGUUCCACCACAAGGAACAUGAAGACCUGCCCAAUGAUCAUUAUUCCUUGAUCUUGCAUUUCCUCAUAUUAUCAUAUGGUAAAAUAAAUAUGAUGGAUUGGCAACAACAAUUUGCUAAGAGUGCUGUAGACAACAUCAAAUCUCAUCCUUUCCUUUGCAUGCAGCCCUUAACUCCUUUCAGCCACCAGUCUCUUGGUCUUGCUCUUAAUCUUUUUCCCUUUUGUGUUGUGUAUCUUCCUAGUUUUGAAUUUACAGAUGGCCAUCUGUGUAAUGUAGCAAUAACAAACAGUGCACUUUUCAUUGCAAUAGAAAGUAUUUUACCUGUACAACUUGUAAUUAUAAUCAUUUACAUGCCAUACAGUUUUUAUCUACCUCUCUUUAUUAUUAACCUUCUCAUUGAUGAGCACACAUUACUACUUGAUCCUCCUGAGCGUGCCUAUAUUGAGUCUCUAAGUCAAUUGAUGGACUUCUGGGAAGAAACAGUAAUAAAUAUAAACACGUUUCUUCCAGAUCAAUAUUUCAAACCGUUCACUGAGCAAGGAGUGAGUGGGUGUUCUCUUGCACAUAUGGGAUUUACUAAUGACCUUCUGACAUCACAUAAAAACAUUCUUCAGGAAAUCCUCUCAUUAUUAUUUGCGUAUAUGAUGAAGGCGUUAAUGCAAGGAACGUCAAUCAUUCAGAAAAACAGGUUAGGUGAUCAAGUUCUGUAUGCUGUGGUCUGUCUUGAAUAUCAUCGAAUACCAAACAAUGCAACAAGAAACGAAAGCACUGUAAACUCAUUGUUGCAUGAAAUAUUGCAAUUCCAAAACCAUUUGUGUCCCAUAAGUCUUCCAGAUUUUGGUAUCCUGUGCCUUCUUAUGUUGCGACUAGGACAACUUUUCAUAUGCUUGCUUUCAUUAUCUGCUGCACUUACUUGUGGUUCCAGUUCCAGGUUGUCUUCAUCCUCUGUUCUUGUGUCACUGCCCAUGAUAUGUGGAAAAGCAGAAGGACGACUCUGUGGUACAGGACCUGAAAUUGAUGUCAUCCUGAAAGAAGACAAACAUCGUCUUGAUAUUCGCACAAAUAUUAUAUUAAGCAUUCAUAACAAUUUUGAAGCAAUUAAUAAAUAUAUUCAGAGAUUUCAGUUUAUUAGAGAAUUUCACACUAUAUGUGUGAAACUUGUAACUUAUUUUUCUGACUGUAAUUUACUUGAGCCUUGCUUAAAAUUUUUAACACAAAUGCUAUGUGGCUCUCCAUUGUUGCCCAUCUUAUGGGCUAAAAUUGUGCUGAUGCCAUAUAAAGAAGUGCUAACUUCAAAACACCACUGGACAUUUGUUGACACUUGUUGUAAAACAACGGUGGCAAAAAGAAGUAGCUGUAGGGCUUCUGAAGGGGAGGCACUGUUACAACUUAUAAAAGCCUGCAUUUGUGCUGAAUACCAUGAAUUUCUUUGUUUCAUUGCCAAGAUGAAGUUUUAUUGCAAAAACAUGGUGGCUGCCUACCUCAUCUUCCUCUACCGUAGCUUUGGCAAUGAUAAUUACAUAAUGUAUUAUGAACUUCCAUACUCCCAACAUUCGUGUUCCCAUUACUAUUAUUUCGGUUCAUUUACUUUAUCAGUUGCCUCUCUAAACCAAUUAGAGCAAAGUUUGGAUUCAUUGCCUGUUCUUUCUGACAACCUCCCUUCCAUACAAUCAUCUGCAUCUUUUAAAUCUUUACAACUUCAUCACUAUUCAGUCAUGAGAUCAUUUCAUCCUUCAGUUCUUUAUGAUGUGGUUCAAGUAUUGAAAACAAGGAUUCAUUGCAGCAGCAGCAAUUAUGGUUGUGAGGAUGGUGGCAAUAUUGCCUACUGCAGUAGCUCAAGGGAGGGCUGGGUACUAGUGAGCACAGGCAGUAACUUGCAGGUCCAUCUACUCCAUGAUGAUGCACUGUCACUGUCUUCUUCUAAUCUCAGCAGCAGAUGUAGCCAUAAUUUUCCACAUUCACGAGGAAAUCUUAACAGUGUUCACACACUGGUUUUGGCAUAUUUCACUGUGGUAUCCUUUUCCCGGCUGAUGCACCAUAUGUGGGGUGGAAAGGAACUGGCCAUUACUUUUUGUUAUGUCAUUAAUGAAAAGAGUCUUACAUUAACUGUGCAUGCUCUAUUGUAUUCUUUGCUUCUUCAUUAUGACUGUCGGUCCUUUAUCAUUCUCAAUGAGACUGUGCAUGGAGUCAAGUUCCAGAGUUGUUGGAUGUCCUCACAAUCUUUGUAUGCUACAUUUUUCUCUUUACUGAGAAUCUCCAUAAUAGCACUUCCUGGCCUGUUUAGGUCCUAUGUUGUAGUAUUUACUCUAAUCAUCUCGUGUGUAACCCAUGGCAUUUUUGCCCUUUUCCCAUUUACAUACCCUAUACUUUUCUGCCUUGCUGUUACAGUUCCUUCCUUCAAUGAAUUCCAGUACUUGUUGACACUGUCAGGGGGUUAUUUGUCUUGUAAAGUGUUAGUACAUUCAAAUGAUAGCAUUUCUGUAAUUAUUUCUCUCCUGGAUCUAUUCUUAUUUAAAAUAAACAUGAAAUAUCAUGUGUAUGUGCAGUCAUUUAGUAUCAGUAUUGAAAUGAUAGUUAAUGUUGUUACAUCAGUCACCAUCCGCAUGAAAAUAAAUCAAAGAUUGCCAAAAAUUCUGCUUUUAUCAGUCAAAAUCUCUGGGGAAAAUUUGUGCUUGUCCUUUCUGACUGUUACCACAUAUGUUAGUCCCCUCUUUUGUUGCUCCCCAGUUACUUCUAUAGUUGAAACCAGUGUUUCACAUUUGUAUCUAAAACUGUUUUGUCUAACAUGUCAGCAGGCCUUUUCCCCUAAUUUCAACUUUUUGCUGUUAGCACAGACAUUCCAUCUUUCAAAAUGCUCUGUUGAAGUGGUUUUUGUUGUAAUUUGGACACAUAACACAACCAAGAAUGCUCUAUCGGAAGUUCACAGUAUUGUUCUUUCACGGUGCACUCUCGCAUAUGACAAAACACUGCUAAUGCACACUGCUUUCAAGUGUCCACCUGGUAGUGGUGGUGCCCUGCAGUUAGCAUCUGAGGCAGAGGAGAUGGCUCUGGUAGCAGUACUGGUAGCAGUAUUGGAGAAGGUGCACCAGCUUCAUCCACCAAUGAUGGAGAAUCCCUUACAUGUCUUCUCAGUGACACAGCUACCUCAAGUGAUCCGAGGCAAAUAUCUGCUAUGUGAUCUUGGUGUAAACAUUAUUGACAGAUGUAAUUACAAUAUGGCUUAUGAAAAUAUUAUUGACAGAAUAAUGUGCACAUGUCUAGCUUGUAGGCAAAAACAAUCAGAACAACUUAGCAGUCAGCAAAAAAUGUUGCCUUACGAAGUUGAAGGAACUCUAAACAAGCAGCCACCACAAGCAUUUCUAUGGCAGAAUGAUCACUUAAAACCAGAUGCCAAACUUCAGCUAAAGAAGGAUCUGAUUGCUAUAAUGCUUGAAUGUUCACUUCACUCUCAGGAGCUAAUCAUGUCAUGUAUUAGUGAUUCUGUGCAUGAUAGUUCACAAGAACAUGUCAAUUGGCAUUUUCUACCUGGGCCUUGUGCAGUCAGCUCAUGCAUUUCUGUAACAAAAUGUUCAUUUAAAAGUGAGCAAAAAGUGCUGAGUGUAGUGAGAAUGCUUACUAUUGCAACAAGGACAUUUUCAGUGGAAGAGUUCUUCUGUGCAGGAGGAAACUUCAUGGAGCAUGUGGGAAGGCAGUUUAGAUUGUAUCUUAUGGAGAAAUUUAGAAAACUUCUUACAUCCUAUCAUCAACAAAUUGAUGAUAUCAAUAAACUCCAGGAUUCUCAAGAUAUUGGGAUUUUCCAGUUAGUCUUCGAGAGAUUAAAGGGAACUGUAUUGCCCGUUACGACAGCUUUAUUAGGUGCAGUUGAGCUUACGUUACCACGAAUAUACAUUGAAACUAUUUUGUACAUCAACAUUUUUGAAGGCCAAAAACUUUCUAGGGAGAACAAAAUAAUAGAACUAUUAUACUUAGAUGAGUUACACAUUGAUCUUCAAUGGAAAUGCUGCAAUUAUUCACAAAACAUUAGUUUCUGUGACAUAUGUAAGGAACUAGGUGGGAGUUUUUUAUUCUUGGCUUUGUAUGAACACAGUUUCACAUGGUUCAGUAUCAUUGUGGCUCUCUGGCAGAAUUGGUCAUUUGGUCAUUUCCCUGCAAGCUUGGAGCUGAAAAAGUCAAAGGACAGACUAUAUGAUUUAAGUGUGAAGGAUAAUUGUUUCAAAGGAAAGGGUGUGCGUCAAUUAUUGGCAGUUCAUACUCUUCCUAUAACUUCCUUUCACUUUCAGCAUUCUAGAAUUCAAAUAAAAGAAGGGAAACUCGUGUGGUUCUUUAUCUAUCUCAGACUUUUUAAGUCUGUCUGCCGCAAACUACUGUGGUGGAAGCUUCUUCUUUCACACCAGGAAGAAUUGAUAGCUACUAGUGUAAAUGACAAAUUCAGGAGUACUUCAUGGGUCCAAGAACAAUUAACCAGUAUAUCUGAUGUGUCAAGGCUUGAUCCCCUUUUUCAUAAAAUGAAAGAAACCAAAACCAUCUGCCCAGUGGGCACAGGUUCUUCAGGAUUUCAAAGGACUAUUUUUAAAGCCAAUAUGGCUAAUGAAGAACAAAAAGCAGUAUAUUACUAUCACAAAAUUUUAGAAGACGUAGAAUGCCACAUUCAAAAUGUUUCAGACAUUGUGUUUUCAUUUUUUUUUUCGCGUCAGGGAGCUGUUCAAAAAAUUGGCAAAGAAAAGAUAGAUGACCUUAUUACUGAAGCUGGAGAAGCCCAAGCUUUUCUGGAACUGGAACCAAGGACAACAAUACAGUUUGUUGAAUAUCUUACUUUCCUUGACUCAGCUCAGCAUAAGGUUGAUAUGAUGGAAACUCAGAUGGAUUAUUGUAAGGAGCUCUAUGACAUUAUUGAUGAAUUCCAGAUACCAUGUGCACCAGAAGAUCAAGUAAAUUACUUGGGCUUCAGUGUAACUUUAUCAGCACUUCGUAGUGUGGUAGAUGGAAAGCUAACUGAAUAUCCAAAAAUAUUGAGCAAGUUUGAUGACCAGAUAAACAGAGACAUCAGUUCAUUAUUCUCUGAUGUUGGAGAUGUGAAGGAUGAGGUUACGCAACCGUGGUUGAUUGAUGUGAAUUCAAACCCAGAAGAAGUUAAGCUGACACUGAAUAUGCUCAGUGAGCAACUGGCAGAAUUCCAGAAAAAGGCAGCUGAAUACAGAGGAUACCAGAGACAAUUCAAACUGGAAAUAACAAAAUUUGAACUUUUAGAUGAAGUCCUUAAUGAUGUCAAAUUACGUCAACUUCUGUGGGAGAGUGUUGAGAAAUGGGACAAGUUAAUACAAGAGUGGUAUGAAGCUGAUUUCAGCACAUUGGAUCCAGAGGAAAUGAAUGUGACAACAAUGCGCUUUAUUAAGAACAUUCUGCAACUGGAAAAAGGAUUACCAGAAAAUUUGAUCCUUCCUCAGCUGAAAUAUAAUGUGGAACUAAUGAAAGAUAAGAUGGCAGUGGUCACAUAUUUACGUAAUCCAUCAUUAAAACCACGUCAUUGGCUCCAAAUAGAAGGUGUACUGAAGUAUAAAUUUCCUACAGAAGAGCCUAUUACAUUGCGUUUGUUGGAAUGUAUAGGAGUUUUCACAUUUCCAGAUGAACUUCAAGAAAUUUCAGGGCAGGCAAGCUCUGAAUCUGGAUUGGAAUCUUUGCUACAGAAAGUCGAAGAUGCAUGGAAAACAAUUGAAUUUGUUGUCUUGCCUCACAGGGAUAGCAAGGAUGUGUUCAUUCUUGGAGGGCUUGAAGAAAUACAGCAAGUUUUAGAUGAUAGUAAUAUUAAUAUGAGCACAAUAACAAGUUCACGUCAUGUGGGGCCUAUCAAGCCAAGAGUGGAUGAGUGGGCCAGUCAGCUUCAGUUGUUUAGUAAUACUUUGGAUGCAUGGAUGCUAUGCCAACAAGGAUGGAUGUAUUUAGAGUCUAUUUUUUCUGCUCCAGAUAUACAAAGGCAAUUGCCUCAAGAAGACAAGAUGUUUAAUAUUGUUGAUAAAUCAUUUAAGGAUAUAAUGAGAAGGACUGCAGAGAAUCCACUGGCUAUGCAAGCAUGCACAGCUCCAGGCUUACUGGAGACAUUCAAUAGAAAUAAUGUCCUACUUGAUCAAAUUAUGAAAUGUUUGGAGGCUUAUCUGGAAACUAAACGUGUUGCAUUUCCACGAUUUUAUUUCCUUUCCAAUGAUGAACUUCUAGAAAUUUUGGCACAGACGAGAAACCCAUUUGCAGUACAGCCACAUUUAAGAAAAUGUUUUGAUGCUAUUGCAAAACUGGAAUUUGGUGUACACGAGAAGGAGGGAGAAUCUGGUGAAACAGCCGCAACAGUAAUGACUACUGACAUUGUAGCAAUGAUAUCACCAGAAGGAGAGAGAGUAGCUCUUGGACAGGGUUUAUAUGCAAGAGGAAAUGUUGAAGAUUGGUUAGGGAAAGUUGAAGAAUACAUGUUCCUCACUCUUAGAAAGCGAAUGAAAUUUGCUAUUGGUGACCACAACAAUAAUGAAAGAGAAGUUUGGGUGGUUUCCCAUCCAGCACAGAUUAUAUUGACUGUAUCUCUUAUAAUAUGGUGCGAGAAUGUACAUCUCGUAUUUAUGCCAGACAAGAAUAUUAAGCAAGCCCUGUCUGCAUUUGAAAAGAAGUGUUUUCAGGAUUUGAACAGUCUUGCAGCAAUGGUGAGAGGUGACUUAAGUAAACUAAAUCGAAUGAUAAUCUGUUCACUUAUUACAAUAGAUGUUCAUGCAAGAGACAUCAUUACUUCACUAGUGAAACUGAAUGUACAAAACAGCUCUCACUUUGAAUGGUUGAAGCAGCUUCGUUAUUACUGGGAGGAAGAUAUAGACAACUGUGUUGCACGAAUGUCAAGUGCAUGCUAUGUUUAUGGAUACGAGUACCUGGGAGCAUCUCCGCGCUUGGUGAUAACACCUCUUACUGAUAAAUGUUACCUUUGCCUGAUGGGUGCUUUGCAACUAGACUUAGGUGGAGCUCCUGCAGGACCAGCAGGUACAGGGAAAACAGAGACUACAAAAGAUCUUGCUAAGUCAUUGGCUAUACAGUGCGUAGUGUUCAACUGCUCAGAAGGUCUGGAUUAUAAGAUGAUGGGUCGGUUUUUCUCUGGUUUGGCACAGUCUGGUGCAUGGUGCUGCUUUGAUGAAUUCAAUCGAAUUGACAUUGAAGUAUUGUCAGUUAUUGCACAGCAACUAAUUACGAUAAGAAAUGCCAAGGCUGCAAAACUCGCCAGAUUUGUAUUUGAAGGAAGGGAGAUUAAGCUUAUACAAACUUGUGCUGCUUUUAUUACAAUGAACCCAGGAUAUGCUGGCAGGACAGAGUUACCAGACAACUUAAAAGCGCUUUUCCGGCCAAUAUCCAUGAUGGUUCCUGACUAUGCUCUUAUUGCAGAAGUAAUCCUUUAUUCUGAAGGUUUUGAGUCAUCCAAGAAUCUUGCAAACAAGAUGGUGCAAAUGUAUAAACUAUGCAGUGAACAACUAUCUCAGCAGGAUCACUAUGACUUUGGGAUGAGGGCAGUAAAAAGUGUGCUGGUUAUGGCUGGUUCUCUGAAGAGGGAGAAUCCUGACAAGAGUGAAGAUGUUGUACUUAUUAGAGCAUUGAGAGACAGUAAUCUUCCAAAAUUCCUCACUGAUGAUGCUACAUUAUUUCAGGGUAUUUUAGGUGAUCUGUUCCCUGGUGUUGAGAUCCCAGAGCAGGAUUAUGGAGUCUUACAAGCUGCUAUAAUAACAGUCAUGGAAGAGAAUGAUUUGCAGCCAGAAUCAUGUAUGAUUGCAAAGGUGAUACAGUUCCACGAGACAAUGAUUGUUCGACAUGGUGUUAUGCUUGUUGGCCCUACAGGUGGUGGAAAGACAACUGUUAUAAAUGUACUGAAAGAUACCCUCACUAGACUACAUGCUGAUGGUGUACCAGGGCCUGUUUAUCGGCCUGUAAUAACAUAUGUAUUAAAUCCCAAAUCUGUAACUUUAGGAGAGCUUUAUGGUGAAGUGAAUUUACUAACAAUGGAAUGGAGAGAUGGCCUCUUAGGAAUCAUGGUUCGCACUGCUGUUCAGUGUGAAGAUGAAAUACAUCAGUGGGUAAUCUGUGAUGGUCCAGUAGAUGCAGUCUGGAUUGAGAAUAUGAAUACUGUCCUAGAUGACAACAAAAUGUUAUGUUUGGCAAACUCAGAACGUAUAAAACUCACACCUUGGGUCCACAUGGUCUUCGAGGUGCAAGAUUUAGCACAGGCCUCCCCUGCUACAGUCAGUCGCUGUGGGAUGGUCUAUAUAGAUCCUGAAGAAUUGCAGUAUAUGCCAUAUGUAAACACUUGGCUGAAGAAUCUUGGUGCACCAAUGCCACCUGAGCUUAAAGAUUAUGUCAGGCAGUUGUAUGAAGGUUAUGUUGACAAAGGACUGACCUUUGUUAAGAAAAACUGCAACCAUGCAAUAGCACAGGCAGAUAUCAGCAAAGCUACUAUGCUUUGUGGGCUGAUGGAGAGUCUAAUUAUGUCACCUGGAAGUAUUGAUAAAACGUCUGAUGCUUCUCGAAUAAAAAAUUUCCUCUGCCAGGCCUAUGUGUUUUCAUAUCUUUGGUCCCUUGGUGGCAACCUCACUGAUGCAUCCCAAGAAAAAUUUGAAAUCUUCGUGAAGGAGCAGUUUGAUGACCAUCCAGAUGCACGUUUGCCAGCUGCUGAUGAUCUGUGGAGUGUGUAUGUAAACAUUCCACAAAAAAGAAUGAGCCUUUGGAGCAGCAUAGUGCCGGCUUUUCAAUUUGAUCGGGAAAUGCCUUUUUUUGAAAUGUUAGUACCAACUACUGAUACUGUCCGUUUUGGUUAUGUAACUGAGAGGUUACUUUCUGUCAAGAGGCAUGUCUUACUCACAGGAGACACAGGUGUUGGGAAAUCUGUCAUUGCUAAAGAGGUUCUGAACAAAUUGUUAGCACAAGGAGAUCAUAUUACUGUGGCACUGAAUUUUUCUGCCCAGACAAGCAGUGGCCGCACACAAGAAAUAUUUGAAGCUAAGUUGGAGCGAAGAAAAAAAACUGUGCUGGGCCCUCCACUUGGCAAAAAACUUGUUUUCUUUGUGGAUGAUGUCAACAUGCCAAAGCUGGACACCUAUGGUGCCCAGCCUCCAAUUGAAUUAUUAAGACAAUAUCUUGACUUUGGUGGGCUGUAUGACAGAGAGAAAUUGUUCUGGAAAGAAAUUCAAGACGUUGUUAUUAUAGCGGCAUGUGCACCGCCUGGAGGUGGAAGGAAUCCAUUGACUCCUCGAUUUGUGCGCCAUUUUUCUAUGCUGUUUAUUCCUUCACCUUCUGAGUUCACACUGAAAAAUAUUUUCAAGGUAAUACUGCGUGGCUUUCUUAGUGAUUUCACAAACCCAGUGAAAGACUUAGGAGAUAUUAUUGUAAAUUCAGCAGUGGAAAUAUAUAAUCGAAUAUCAGAAGACCUCCUGCCCACACCUGCAAAAUCCCACUAUGUCUUCAAUCUACGCGAUUUAUCAAAGUGUAUACAAGGUGUACUGCAAGCAGAUGCUGGCACUGUGAGGGAAGCUAUUCAGAUGAUGAGGUUGUUCUAUCAUGAAUGCCUGCGAGUUUUUCAUGACCGUUUAAUAAAUAUUGAAGAUAAAAGCUACUUUUAUAAAUUAAUGUAUGAGGUAUGCAAUCGCACCUAUGGAGAUCCUGUCAUUCAGUUGCCUGAAGAGGAAAUAAUUCUUCACCCACCUGUUCUUCUCUUUGGCGAUUUCAUGGUUAUGGGAGCAUCUAAAGAGGACAAAGUAUAUGAAGAAAUAACAGACAUUGAGAAGUUCAAGAAAGUAGCUCAGGACUAUUUAGAAGACUACAACUUAACGACACCCAAAGAAAUGAAACUAAUUUUUUUUAUGGAUGCUCUGGAACACAUAACUCGUCUGGCACGAAUUUUAAGAGCAGAAAGAGGAAAUGGACUGCUGGUGGGUGUAGGAGGAAUGGGUAAGCAAAGCUUGACCCGACUCGCAGCACAUCUCUGUGGAUACAAGUGUUUUCAGAUUGAGCUGACACGUAACUAUGAUCACGCAUCAUUCCAUGAUGAUCUUCGUUUAUUAUAUUUUAAUGCAGGUGCAUUAAAUCAGGACACAGCCUUUCUCUUUACAGAUUCACAGAUUGUGUCAGAGGAAUUUCUGGAAGAUAUCAACAACAUUUUGAACUCAGGUGAAGUGCCUAACCUUUUUGAAUCUGAUGAGUAUGAAAAAGUUAUCAUUGCAUCAAGAAAUGAUGCAAAGGAGGCAGGUAUUGAUGAAGGAAACAGAGAUGGAAUAUUUGAGUUUUUUAUAAGCAGAGUUAGAAGCAGGCUCCAUUUAGUUUUAUGUAUGAGUCCUGUGGGAGAUGCCUUUAGGCGAAGGUGCCGUAUGUUUCCCUCUUUGGUUAACUGUUGCACAAUUGACUGGUUUGUGGAAUGGCCUCAAGAAGCGCUGUUGUCAGUAGCAAGCACAACACUUGCAGAAGUUGGUAGUGAGGAACUAAUUGAAAAGCUCUCUACAAUGUGUGUCACAAUUCAUGAGAGUGUGGCACAAAUGACAAUACGUUUCUACAAUGAAAUGCGGCGGUAUUAUUACACAACUCCAAGUAGCUACUUGGAACUCUUGAAGCUGUACUUGACUAUGCUGCAAAAUAAGACAGACCAGUUACAAAAGAAACAUGACCGUAUUGCUAAUGGCCUACGGAAACUGUAUGAAACAAAUGAAUUAAUCGAUAGAAUGAAGAUUGAAUUGACUGCAAUGGAACCAGAACUGAAGCAGAAAUCAAUAGACGCAGUUGAACUUAUGAAGCAUUUAGUAAAAGAGCAGGCUCAAGCAGAUAAAGUGAGGAAGAUUGUGGUGGCAGAUGAGGCAGUCGUAAAGGUAAAAGCUCAGGAAACUCAGCAGCUAGCAGAUGAAGCUCAACGUGAUCUAGAUGCAGCACUGCCAGCAAUGGAAGCAGCUAUGAAGGCUCUGGAAUCACUCAAUAAGAAUGAUAUCAAUGAACUUCGUGUGUUUACUAAACCACCACAACUAGUCAAAUUUGUUAUGGAAUCUGUAUGUCUUCUUAUGGGUGCGAAAACUGACUGGGCUUCAGCAAAAACCCUGCUUGGAGACACUAACUUCCUGAAGAGGCUUCAAGACUAUGAAAAGGACAAUAUAACAGACAACAUGUUGAAGAAACUGAAACAGUAUGUGGAUCAUCCAGACUUCACCCCUGAGACUGUCGCAGGUGUAUCAAAAGUGUGUAAAUCGAUAUGCAUGUGGGUACGAGCAAUUGAUUGUUAUGCCAAAGCAUAUCGUGUUGUACAGCCAAAGAAAGCAAAGCUGGCAGCAGCAGAACAGGAACUCAAUCAAAUAAUGUCAGUACUGCGUGAGAAACAGCAAGCGUUGGCAGCAGUAGAGAAACAGAUUGCAGACCUAGAAGCAACAUAUGACAGAAGUGUUAAUGAGAAAGCAGAGCUUGAACGAAUGAUGGAACUCACUGCUAACCGUCUGGUUCGUGCUGGCCACCUAACAACUGCUCUUGGUGAUGAGCAGCUGCGAUGGGAGAAGUCUGUUAAGGAUUUAAAAGAAGCACUGAUAACAGUUGUGGGAGAUGUUCUGGUGGCUGCUGCAUGUGUUGCUUACCUUGGGGCAUUUACAAACAAUUAUCGUGUAGAGCUAGUUCAAAAGUGGGUCGAACAUAUCAUGGCUUUGGAGAUUCCUGCAUCUGAGGUUUUCAGUUUAAUCAGUGUUCUGGCAGAUCCAUUUGAAAUAAGACAGUGGAAUGUCUAUGGAUUGCCACGUGAUAAUGUCUCGACAGAAAAUGCAAUAAUGGUCACUAAAGGCAGUAGAUGGCCUCUGAUGAUUGAUCCUCAAGAACAGGCAAGCAGAUGGAUAAGACAAAUGGAAAGUGAAAAUCAAAUAAAAAUUGUGAAACUGACAGAUGCAGGAUUUAUGCGGUCACUUGAAGGUGCUGUUCGAGUUGGUAUGCCUGUAUUACUUGAAGAAUUAGGGGAAACAUUGGAUCCCACUCUUGGACCAAUACUUUUACGCCAGACAUUUGUCCAGGGUGGAAGACUUCUCAUCCAUCUUGGUGAUUCAGAUGUUGAAUAUGAUCCUAAUUUCCGUUUUUAUAUGACAACCAAGCUCUCCAAUCCUCACUACCUUCCUGAAGUGUGCAUACAAGUGACAAUUGUUAAUUUCACUGUUACUCGUUCAGGACUAGAAGAUCAGCUUUUGAGUGAUGUUGUCCGUCUGGAGAGACCUGAUCUGGAGAAACAACGAAAUGAGCUAAUAACUAGGAUUAAUAAUGACAAAACACAACUGCAGAAUAUUGAGGAUAAAAUAUUAAGAAUGUUGUUUACAUCUGAGGGUAACAUUCUUGAUGAUGAGGAGCUAAUUGAAACACUUAAUAAAAGCAAGGAAACUUCUGGAACCAUUGCAGCCAGACUUGUUGAGGCAGAAGCAACUGAACAAAAAAUUUCUGUUGCUAGAGAGAAAUACAGAACUGUGGCUGCUCGUGGUUCUGUUUUAUAUUUUGUUGUUGCACAGUUGGCAGAAAUUGAUCCCAUGUAUCAGUACUCACUACGAUAUUUUAAUCAGGUCUUCAACACAGUGAUUGAAACAAGUGAAAAAUCAGAUAUACUGGAUGUCAGAUUAAUGACACUUCUUGCUGCAAUUACACUUGCAGUGUAUACAAAUGUUUCACGUGGUUUAUUUGAACGACACAAGUUGGUGUUCAGUUUUCUGCUAUGUAUAAAUAUAUUAAAACAUGCUGGUGAGAUAACAGAAGCUCAGUGGGGAUUUCUUUUAAGAGGACCAAUGUCUGCAAAAAAGCUCAUAAUUCUAAGCUCUACAGAAGCUCAGGCCUAUCACUAUAUGAGGUGUCAUAUCAUUGAAAAUACCAUCACCAAGCAUAUCUCUACUUGUGUUGUUUGUGACCCUAUAGUAUCGAUGUGUCUGAGCUUAUUUCUCUCUUUAUGGGUUGAUAACUCUGGCCGGUACGGUACGUGCAUAGUCUUUAUUUUUCAGCCAUUGGAUUUAUCCUACAUGGCUACUGAUUUAUACAGGCAUGUCAACUCCCUUAACACAUACAUACUCUCAUUAAUGUCCAUCAGUAUCUGCCAGUGUUUAGCCUAUGAAGUAUGCACACGCAGCUCAAUGUCCAUUACCAUCCCUGCUCGCUUUCACAUGUUUAAUACAAAAUUCAUGAAGCUCAUGUUCAUUGGCAUGAUCCUUUGUGAAAUCUUCAAUGCGGUGACAACUGGCUUUCAUUUCAGCAGCCUGAGGAAUGUAUUUCACCUCGUUGCUCACACUUAUUCACCGAGCGAGGUGGCGCAGUGUGACUUCUUGUCAGGGCAUAUUUAUCAAUUUCAAAGAAUUAAAGAAAAUUCUCAGGAAGGAUCUACACACUACAGGGUUGAGAAAAUUUCACAGAAAGGCAUUUAUGUGCCCAGUUACGUCUUGGUAUACAGAGUUGUAUCAUCAAAACUAUAUGUUAUGUACAAUGAGAAUAGUGCUUAUGUAGCUAGGAAAACUAAAGAUUAUCACUCUGUCAUCAUUAUAUUUCUUGCAACAGACAUGAUGAAGAUAAAUAAGCUCCUCAAGCUGGGUUCUGGAAAAAACCAUUACAUCUUAAAUAGAUUCAGAAGUGACCUUCCAAAGAAGCCUGAUAUCCCGACUCUCUCAGAUGCUAUGUGGAUGGCUGUCAACUUCUUGGAUGAUGCAUUUCCUAGUUUCAAGGGCAUCACAAAUGAUGCGCUAAAAGCCAUACCAGUAAUGAUUGGAACUUUUAAACAGGUAAUAAAUCUUACCAAUGAUUCAGCAGCACCCAUUGUCGAAAGCUGGGAUCAAACUCUUAGCAUGUUUGAGAAGCUAAUGCUUCUAAAAGCACUGAAAGAAGAAAAGCUUGUUUUUGCUAUUACUGCCUUUGUGAGAGAAAAGCAAGGCCAAAGUUUUAUUGAAAGUCCACAAGUCAGUUUACAUGUUCUCUACAAGGAUACCUCAAAUGUUGUGCCUCUCAUAUUUGUUUUGAGCACUGGAUCUGACCCUUUUGGAGCAUUUCAAAGGUUUGCUACAGAGAAAGGAUUCAGAGACAGAAUACUGUCUAUUUCAUUGGGGCAAGGUCAAGGUCCAGUUGCUGAAAAACUUAUUGGUACUGGCACAGCAAACGGAGACUGGGUCUUUUUGCAGAACUGUCACCUUGCAACUUCAUGGAUGUUAUCUAUGGAAAAAAUCAUCAUUGGUUUCUCAGAGAAUCCAGAACAAGUUAAUCCUGAUUUCCGCUUAUUUCUCAGCUCAAUGCCAUCAAAAUCUUUUCCUGUGUCUGUUCUGCAGAACUCUGUAAAGGUUACAAAUGAACCACCAAAAGGUCUUCGUGCAAAUAUAAAAAGGGCAUUCCUUGAACUUACAGAGGAUUUCUUUGAAGAUCACCCACUUGGUCCAGACUGGAGAAAAAUGAUAUUUGGCAUUUGUUUCUUCCAUGGAGUAAUUCAAGAACGUAAGAAGUUUGGUCCACUUGGCUGGAAUAUUACAUAUGAAUUCAAUGACAGUGACAGAGAGUGUGCAUUAAAUACAAUGAAGAUGUUCUGUGCUGAAAACUCAAUUCCUUGGGAUGCUCUUGAAUAUAUAACUGGGGAAAUAACAUACGGAGGCCGUGUUACUGAUUCAUGGGACCUGAGAUGUCUCAAAACAAUACUGAAAGGAUUUUUCUCACCAAAAAUUUUAAAGUCAGGAUAUAUUUAUUCUGCAUCUGGUGUCUACUAUUGCCCUGAAUCUGAAGAUUUUUCGACACUGGAGCAGUACAGAAACUUUAUAGACCAACUUCCAAUUAUAGAGGAACCAGAGAUUUUUGGAAUGCAUGAAAAUGCAAAUAUAGCUUUUCAGGUAAAUGAGACACAGACAGUCAUUCUUACAAUUCUUGAUGUCCAACCUCGAGAAUCAAGUGGAGCAGAAGGAAAAUCCAGCGAUGAAAUAAUAUUUGAACUUGCAGAUGCCAUAAGAGGACAAAUCCGGAAGAAGUUGGAUCCAGAUGAAAUUCACCCAUCUCUUCUUGUACGUGAUGAAAAAGGACGAUUGCCUUCUCUAACAACUGUUUUACUGCAAGAGACUGACCGAUUUAAUAAGCUGUGCCAUACCCUGCAUUCUUCACUUGACAAUCUUCAGAAAGCCAUUAAGGGCUUGGUGGUGAUGUCAGAAGCCCUAGAAGAGAUGUUUAUCUCCUGCAUGAAUAACCAGGUGCCAAAAAUGUGGGCAACAGUGGGAUACUUAUCUCUUAAGUCACUUGGAAGCUGGAUACGUGAUCUUGAAACAAGACUUGACUUCAUACAGACAUGGUUAACAAGUGGACAGCCUAUCUCAUUCUGGAUAUCUGGCUUCUUUUUCCCACAAGGUUUUCUGACAGGUACUUUACAGACACAUGCACGAAAAUAUGAACUGCCUAUUGAUCAACUGAAAUUUGAGUUCACAGUACAAAAGGUGGUACUAGAUCAGGAACUGCUGAAGGCAGCACACUAUCAAGCAGAAGGAAAAGAGGUUCCAGAAAUGUAUGAAGGACUAAAAAGACCAAGUGAUGGAGUCCUCGUGCAUGGAAUAUUUCUAGAUGCUUCAAGAUGGGAUCUUCAGACAAUGACACUAUGUGAUCCAAAUCCUGGCGAAAUGAAUCCUCCUCUUCCUGUGACCUUACUGACGCCCGUAACUGCACUUACUUACAAAGGAAUAAGAUAUGUCGCACCACUGUAUAAAACAUCCGAACGUGCUGGGGUGCUUUCAACUACGGGUCACAGUACCAAUUUCGUCAUUGCUUUUUAUCUACCUUCAAAGCAAGAGGAAAGUUACUGGAUUUUGAAAGGUGCAGCUCUGUUAACGCAAAUAACGGACUGAAUAUGCAUACUAGUUAUUUGCACGUUUGUUAAUUUUUUUAUUUAGGUGGUGUUGUGUCCUGCAACG